AUGCAAGCCUACAAAAAGUUUGAUCCCCUUCAUCAUGCUUUUCCUGUAGAUUCUAAAGAUGAGAUUAAACUAACAUUCAAUUUUUAUAACUGCUUGGAGUCCAAUGUUGACUCUGCAGGACUUGCUAAAGAAUCAGAAGAUGAUCUGUCGUUCAAUCCAUCUCUUAUGCAGAAAGCCAAAUCUAAUAAAGAAAGCAUAUUGCUGAAACCUAUAGUUUAUGAGCCUGAAAGACAAUCCAACAGAAAUCUACACACCCGAAACAAAUUACAAUCCUCAAGGACAGUGUGGGAAAUGGAUGUUGUUACUCCAUUAACAACAGUUCCGAUGACAAACCCUACAACCACCCCAACUACAGUGACUCCCAACUAUAAUCCUUUUCCCACAACAUCAACUCCAUCCAUGACUCCAACUACAAACCCAUAUUCAACUCCAACGAUGGCGACCCCAUCAUCACCAUCAGACCAAAGCUGGUGUGUGGCAAGUCAAACUGCUUCACAGACUGCAUUGCAGGUUGCUCUAGACUAUGCUUGUGGAUAUGGAAGUGCAGAUUGUUCAGCAAUUCAGCAAGGUGGAAGCUGCUACAACCCAGAUACAGUCCGUGAUCAUGCAUCAUAUGCAUUCAAUGACUACUAUCAGAAGAACCCAAUUCCUACCAGCUGUGAUUUUGGAGGAACGGCUGUGAUCACCAAUGUGAAUCCAAGUAGGUUUGGUUACAUCUCACAAUUCCGCUACAUUUUUAAGCAAACCUUAUACAUCCAAUUCUGUUAA